AUGACACUGACAAGUUUGCGGACCUGCACAUGCAAAUGCUCUGCCAGCGAAUGCAUUAUUGGCACCAAGGACCACACCAUCCAGAUGAGUAUGGCUAAAGUUGACAAAGUAACAAGCAGGUUCAAUGUCCAGUUUAAAACCUAUGCUGUCUGUGGGACUUUUUGCAGAAUGGAUGAGUCAGAUGAUUCCAUUCUCUGA